CUACCAAUGCUUCCGUUUCCGUGUAAACAAAGCUUCACGGGAGAUAACUACUGACAGGUAACAGGUCUGCAGUUUUAGCUGCCACAAAAUCUUUGCAUUUCUUUCUCGAUGCUGUACCGUUAGCGGUAUGAAGAAGACGGCUACUCCGUCGCCAGCGGUGCAGUUCUAUUGUACCGCUGGGAAAGGAAUGGAGUCCUUCCUCGUGGAGGAGGUGAAGAUUAAACUUGCCGCUGAAAAUGUUGACCAGAUUCCUGGGAAAGUGUUCUUCUCCUGCCCUGCCGAAGUUAAGCUAGUCAGAGAUCUGAAGUCUGCUGAAAGACUUUUCCUGCUCAUGAAACGAGACAUACCUCUCCCUCCCUAUCCUCACACAGCCAAGACAGCCUCCCAGAUCCAAAGAAGGCUGGUAGGAGAUGGGAAGGAUUGGAGAAGUGCUGUGGAGACAUGGAGACACCUGCAGAGGGAGCUGUCGAGCAACUGUAGAACAGCAAGCACGGUGGAGCCACGUAGAAAGCGCAAGAGGGAGGAAGACGAGAACAAGGGUGAAGAAGGGGAGCCUGAUAAUGUGCCUAAAAGAACACAGAGACAGACACCUGAUGCAGAGACCAAGUUAGGUAUGAAUGAUGACUGGGAUUGUAGUGGAAAAGACAAUGUUGCAGGGGACUGUUUUGAAGGGGAAACAUUUGGAAGUGACCGUGAAAACACAUCGGGAAAGUCUUGUGCCCUGACCUCUGAUCCGGCGACCUUUGAUCCUGUGACCUUCAGAGUUAGCUGCAGGUGCAGUGGUGGGCUCUCCCGGCAUUUCAGCUCACAGGACCUGUGCAGGGUCAUUGGGUUGGGCCUGACCAGACAGCUGGGCUGGAGAGUGGACCUUAAAAACCCAGAGGUGGAGAUGAACGUUCAUCUGAAUGAUGAUCACAGUGUGGUUGGCAUUCCAUUACUCAGACUUCCCCUAGCCAGCCGUAGCUACGUAAGAACCACAGGUCUGAGGUCCACCAUAGCCUGGGCCAUCGGCUUCCUGGCCAACAUCCAGCCAGGCUCCACAGUGGUGGAUCCCAUGUGUGGAGUGGGGACCAUCCUAGUGGAAGCAGCACAUGAACACCUGGAUGCCUGUUUCCUGGGGGUUGAUAUUGAGGAGAAACAAUUAGACAAAGCCAGGGAGAAUGUUGAGUUUGCCAAACUCACACAUCGAAUUCAGCUGUUGCGUGCUUCGUCCAUGGAGCUUCCUCUGAGCGGCUGCAGCGUGGAUGCCGUGCUGUGUGAUCUGCCCUUUGGGAAGAAGUUUGGCACUAAGGCAGGCAUGGCUGCCAGCCUGCCUGGCAUCCUUACUGAGAUGGAGAGGGUUCUCCGUGUGGGAGGAACCAUGGUUUUGCUGCUCAGUCCCCAGCUGUCCGUCAUACUGAAGAGAACACUGACUCCCCCGGAUUUGGGCCCAGACCCUGGACCGCCUCUUACCCAGCAAGAGGAGUCUCUGGCCUGGCCAUCAGCUGGCUCGGCUCCCCCUCUCCCACCCAGGCCUCUCUCCUCUCUCCAAUUUCAAUCCAGUCAGAGAGUUAGCCUAGGAGCAAUAGAUGGACUCAUCCACAAGUAUGUCAAGAUACAGACUGCUAGCACACUUGGUGGAUCUGGGUGCUAACACAAAAAUCACUGACACUGUAGAAUUGAAUAAAAGACACUGCAAUGUACUGUUACAAUUCGACGCUAAAUACAAUAAAGUUGUGUUAUGU